ACUCCAGAAAGAGAAUCGAGGCUUCACACCCUUUUGGUCCUAACUAUCACCUUGGAAAAGGGUUUCUGCUUGUGAGAAGGACGACACCUCCCUGUGAGAAAUAUAUCCUGAGACACCGAUCUCCAUAUCUCGAAGAUCAAUAAUGCGUGGUGGCAUCAGAAGAUCUCGUACUGGCUGUGCUCGCUGCAAAGAGCGGAAGUUGAAGUGUGAUGAGACGAAGCCUCGGUGCAUUCGCUGCCAGAAAAGAAACACCAUCUGCCCUGGAUUCGGCCAGUCAAUUGACGAUGCUGAGUCUGGCGCCUUUUGUCGACCGGGAUCAACAACACCGGAAGGACAGGUCUCAAUGGCCACUCCGUAUUCUACGGAUUUAAUCGGCAGCUCUGGCAAAUUAAAGCUUGAUUUACCAACGAUGUCCUCAGGUGUGAUGUCUCCUGUCGACGACAUCAUCUGUGUCGGUGACCUCGAUAUCUUCAAUUUUGAUCUUCCAUCAACAGAGUCUGCCUUCGAAGAACCAUGGCCCGGCGUCGUGGACCCUGACUUGAACGACAACCGGGCCAAAUCUUUGGAUGAGACUACUUUCGGUCUGCCAGGUGAUGUCCCUCCUACGACAGCCUCCAAAGCUGCAUCCAUCUCCGACCAUCAUGGCGACUCUUCGCGAUCACUCGUUCGCCGCGGUCAGUCGCGAUCUUUGCCCACCACGAAAUCCAUGAGGUCAGCCGAGUCAUCAUCCGGCAAUCAAGAGCAAACAGAUCUACCUGCAAAUCCCUUUCGAGUCAUGAAUGAUUAUUCUUCUCUGUUGGUCGAGUACUAUUUCAAAGAAGUAGCCGGCAUCUUCUCCUGCUACGAUAGCCAUCUCAAUCCAUUCCGGUCUACUGUUUCGAAGCUAUGGCAGACCUCGCACUCUGUCUUCUACGUCCUGCAGAGCAUGUCAGCCGCAUGCCUUUCCGACGUGGUCCCCAGUAUGCAUGCCGUUGGCUUCAAAAUGCGACAUGCAGCUAUGGCCUGUAUCGACACCGACAUCCGUGACUCCAAAGUCGAGACAGGAUCAUUGCUGACACUGAUCAUGCUGGGUCUCUCGGCCAGUUGGCAUAACCCUGCCGACCUUGGCCGCGAACAAUUCAAGCACGCACGCACGAUCAUGGGUGCGUUGUCCACCGGACAUACCCCAGCAUUUCUCGAAGUUAACAACAAGCGCAACCUCCAGUUCUUUCAAGAAGCAAUGAUAUAUUGGGAGAUGCUCUUAUCCUAUGUCAGCGAUGUUUCGAUUGCAAUCCCACUGACUCAGGGGACCGACAUGCCCAAUUAUGAGUACAACAACAUGCUCGAGCCAAGUUUCCCACACCCAUGGACAGGAGUUGCGAGAGAAGCUCAGGUUCUCGUCUUUGAGGUUGGCCGCCUGGUAAGAAAAGAGCGGCAACGCCUCAAAAACCGGCCUCUUUUUACAUCCUUGGCCCACAUUGACGAGAGCUACAAGGUCAUCAAUUCCGCCGAGGAGCUCGCGCUACGACUUCAAAAGCUACAGCUGCCUCCAGAGCAAGCAAUCGUCAGCCCGGGAGACGCUCAAACGCCGGUCCAACAUCUCCUCACAGUUGCGGAACUCUAUCGGCUGACUGGUCUACUUCAACUAUACCGUGUCUUUCCAGACUUACUGGCCGACUACGGAGGCGGCGCGACGUUGCAGCUGGAUUUCUACGAGCCACACAAGGUCUCUACGGAUGGCAUCAACCAAAGACUUACGAGUUUUGCCGUGGAAAUUGUCAAUCUACUCAGAACACUUCCUAUCGAGUCGGCCACGAAAUGCGUCCAGCCGUUUUUCUUUGUUGCAGUGGCUAGCGAGCUGCGAAUGCCUCCCAUGCCGGAAUCCUUCGACAAGCUCAUGGACGAUGCCGACCUGACAACGGACACGGGUCCGAGCGCCGUUGCAGUGCUCGACGCCAGAAAGUUCGUUAUCUCAAGACUAUCGACCUUUGAGCAUGUGCUGCCAGCCAAGCCUAUAAGGCAGAUGAUACAAAUCGUGACCCUGACAUGGGAGCAAAUCGAUAAGGGAACGGCGGACGUAUAUUGGAUGGAUGUCAUGACUGAGAAGGGCUGGGAGACAACCUUGGGCUAAGCACGACUGACUGAGGUUUGACUCUAAGCGACAGAGGGUCCAUCUUGCGAGGCUUUGUCAGCGACAGACUUCGAGGUGCUACGGUUAUCAAGGUCUUAGGAACGCCAUCUAAGCGCCUUUCUCGA